AGAUAACCGCCAUUCAUAGCCGACCAGCAACCGUCUCAGCCAUCAGCUUAUAAUUACUGUGUGGUACAGAGAGACACAUGAGACACAGGAGACACACGGUGACACCGACACACAUUGCUUUGUGGCCAAAAACCUUAAUGGAAUACUCUGUAAUGGUGCUGUAAAAUUAUCAUCUUUUCUGAUAGACCAGAAAUCUGUGCAGGUAGUGUAAUCUUGAUGGGAGGUUUAACACCUUAUUACUGCCAAACAGAGGAUUCUACGGGUACUAAGAUUUAAUAGUUACUACGGCAAGGUUUGAUAUAAUGAUAUGAUUUCCUCACCUUUGAUGUAAAUUUGGAAGUGUGAGCCUUAAUUCAUUGAUUAAUAAUGCCUUGAUGUUUUGAUGAAGCCAACAGGAUUUUAUGCUAUUUUAAAACGGAUUAAUUGGUUGAAGAAUUUGGCUAGGUCUGAUUCAGCUAUUAACUGAUAUAACUUUUAAGUCCUUUUGCUUUUUCCAUAUGGAGGCUAGUUUAAGACAAGGAUCGUGAUUAUCAAUCAUUUGUCCAUCUUCAAGUAUGGACUACUACUAACAGAGACUGAUUUCACAAGUGGAGAUAAUCACUAUUUAACAUUUGAAAGACUGAGUGUUAAUUAUUUUCCAUUGACUCAAAACUGUUUAAUAUGAUAUACAUUUCCAACAAUUUUAAAGUUCUCAGGGAAACACUGUACUCAGCAUAAUACUUUACUUCCCUGUGAUAUUGGUGACUUUUUCUGUGAGUGGACUCGGAUGGAUGAACCAGCCAAUGAUAUGUUAUACAUGUAAUACACUCGCUUCAUGUACCAUUUUAUGAUGAAUUAUUGAUAUGCAUAAUGUGUGCUGUCAUUUCUGAUGAGGUGUUUUCUCUAAACUUGGCUUUUUGGACUGUGUGUACAUAUGUGUAGCCCUACCUGUGGAAUAGCCAUGCCAAUGGUUCAGUAAUUUCAUUUGAAAUUCUUCAAUGAUACCAACUGAUGUUGUGUGGCAGUCAAUACCAAUGAUAUUUCUGUUCUGAGAACGUGGAGUAUGAAGAGGGCUAAUUAGAUCAAGGUAGAAGUGAAUUAGGAUUAAUCUGAAUUGUUCAGAGGGGUUCAAAACAUAGGGAAAUGUAAUUUCAAAGUGUUUUCAAUGUACUGCAUGUGGAGCAGGAGGGAAUCUCUCUGAUCCAAUGAAAUGAUGGACUACUGAAAUUCAUGUGUAUAAUAUUAGCCUCCAAUCCUUCAAGCGAUAGAUUUGUCGCUUUGUAAACACUGUACUGCACGCAUGUCAAUUUCUGUGCUGUGCAGCACAAUCUGGAUCACUGAAAUGUUUGAAAUUUUAAAGUAGAACAAAAACAGCAAAUGGUUGGCUUGAUAUCCAACAGAAUAUCCAUCUGGCUUUAAACUCACAAUCAUUCAGUCAUAUAUAUAAAGGGGGAAAAUAUCACGGUUACAAUGUUGGAGAAUUGUGUUUAAAUGCUAAUGGAGGCUUGUGUAUGGUUUAUGGAUGUUACUGAUGGCGAUAUGGCUGUUGUGGAAUAUUGACAUAGGGAAAUGGCUGCUUCAUCUCUGUGAGCAGUUUCAUUCUAUUGAUCCUCGACCAUGGGACUGGUUAUACAAAUUAAACACUCUCUUUGCAAAAAAUCAGUUUCAUUGAAAAACUUGAAAAGUAUGUGGAUUAUAAUAGUGUGUGCAGGUAUAUUCCAAACAUUUCUUGGCCUGUGUCAUGCCUGUUACGUGUUCCCUGCAGGUAACAAAGAUCCAUGUGAGGGGAUUACCUGUAGAUUAGGGGCCAUUUGUGUGCCUUCACAAAAUGGGCUUGUGCACCGGUGCAUGUGCCCUGAGCGGUGUGAUAAUUAUGGGGACAACUUGGGAGGUAUGCCUGUGUGUGGUGACAAUGGAAAGGACUACAACAGUUCCUGUGAACUUCGAAGAGCAUCCUGUCGUGACAUGAAGGACAUCAAGCUCAAAUACUACGGCAAAUGUGAACCAUGCGCUGGAUUUGUGUGUGAACCACCAAAAGUCUGCCAACUGGCCAGUGACCGAAGACCUGUGUGUCGCUGUGCGGAGACGUGUCCGGACACCCUGGAGCUGGUCUGUGGCACUGAUGGUGCAACAUAUAGCAAUAUGUGUCGGCUUGAAAUGGAGGCGUGUCGUACCAUGAGGGACAUUCGACUUCAUCACUCCGGCAAAUGUCAAGCAGUUUCGGGGCCCAAUGUAAACAUUGUUGUUCAGGACGAAGUAGAAGCAUAUCAGGGAACUAAUCCAUGUAGGAAAAUAACAUGUGGAUUUGGUCAGGAAUGUAGUAUCAACAAAAACGGCCUUGCUAAAUGUCAGUGUCCUUCACCAUGUGAACUUAUUCUACAGCAAGUUUGUGGUUCUGAUGGCUACACAUAUGACAACGAAUGUGAGCUGAGGAGAGAUUCAUGUCUUCAGAAAAAAAAUGUGGUCCUAGCACAUCAUGGCCCCUGUGGGGAGGGAGAAAUUUCUUGUCGAGGUUACACUUGUCAUAAUGAUGCCAUCUGUCAAAUGAGGGGCGGACAACCCAUCUGUGAAUGCCCUGUUUGUUCCGAGGAGUUUGAACCAGUUUGUGGAACAGAUGGGCAAACAUACCCCAAUGAGUGUCAACUUCGCCUCACCAACUGUGAUGAACGAACUAGCAUACAGAUCUGGCACCAAGGAAGAUGUAGAGGCUGUGGAGACCAAGACCAGUGUGAAUUUUACUCUGUCUGUGAUAAGAGCAGUGACAACCCCACAUGUGUUUGUCCAAAGGCAUGCAAACAGAACCAGGAAGCAAAGCUCUGUGGAUCAGAUGGUAAAACCUACAGAAAUGAAUGUGAACUAAUGUUGGAAUCAUGUCGGCUUCAGGAGCUCAUCAUAGUGGCCUCCAUAGGAAAAUGUGAACUUUGCAAAGGAACAACAUGUAAUUUUGGUGCACGUUGUGAAAAUGGAACAUGUGUUUGUCCCCUUACCUGUCCCCGAACUCUGGAACCUGUAUGUGCAAGUGAUCGAAAAACUUACGAGAAUGAAUGUAAAAUGAAGCGUGCAGCCUGUGUCCAAAAUGUGGAUUUAUAUGUGGUGGAUACUCGUCCCUGUGAAAAUGAAAUGGAUACUGCAUACUCUGGAGGAGGGUCAGGCGACACCCCAGACGACAUGCCUGUCUGUGACGAGAUUUUGUGUAAAUAUGGUGGAGAGUGCCAGCUUAACGAGCAAGGAACCUACGCAUGUAUCUGUAACUUCAACUGCCAGGCCAUCAGAUCUACAGUUUGUGGUUCAGAUGGUCGUACUUAUGGAAAUCCAUGCCAGAUGCAGUAUGAAGCUUGUAAAGAGCAAAGGGAGAUAAGUCAAGUAUCAAUGGAUAAUUGUUUUGACAUCACUGAGGAACCUUGUGAUGGAAACCCUCCAUUAGUGGCUUCAUUUCCCUACGAGUAUAAAUGUUCAUCCAUCUCUAACAACUGUCCACCUAACAGUUACUGCCAUGAGCAGUUUGGCAAAUGUUGUCAGGAAGCUGAUUGUAUCUGUAAUGAAAAAGGAUCGGUGAGCAUCAUCUGUAACCCUGUAACACGUAAAUGUAGCUGUAAACCAGGCGUCGGUGGCAAACUGUGUAAUUACUGCCUUCCUGGCUACUGGGGGCUUGCUCUCAACCAGGACAGUGUCGGCUGUGUUCCUUGUAACUGCCACACCUUGGGGCGCCUUCGUGGUGACUGUGAUCAGACUACUGGGAAGUGCUUUUGUCGACACAAAAUUCGUGGAGCAAAGUGUGAUCGUUGUCCAAAUGGCAGUUUGAUAGUGUCUAGAUAUGGAUGUCCAGAAGAUCCUAAUGUGUUACCUACGCCGAGGACAUGUAGAGAUGUACAGUGUGGUUUUGGUGGUACCUGUGUUGAGUUUGAUAACCGAGCCUACUGCGACUGUGAAUCAUUGCCUUGCUUUGCUGGGGACUGGCCACGGUCCAGGGCUGUGUGUGGUAGUGACCUCAACACCUAUGAGUCAGAGUGUGAACUUAGACGAGCAGCUUGUAUCCAGCAAACCAAUAUCACAAUUUUCCUACAUGAAGGAUGUGGCAACCAGAGGACCACCCCAUCACCAAUAAUGAACGGUCACCCAAGACGAACUCCCGACUACCGGGCUACCACACCAACACCACAACAUGAACGGCCACGGAGUAGUUACAAAACAACACGCCAUGCUGGGCAUGCCCCUCCUGAAGCGAGCAGUGAGGUGACACGAACCACAGCCAGACCUGUCACCAACCCUCCUCCACUUGUUGAAGGUAAAAUUUUGGACAUUUGCUUGGAUGACACAUAUUGCAGUGUCCAAAACAGCCACUGUCAUCUAGGGAUUUGUACCUGUUGGGAUGGAUACAUUCCUACAUUGGAUAAUACACACUGCUCAGAGGUGGAGCAGACAAGACCCAGUCAUCCUCAUCUACAUGACCAGUCGGCAUGCUCAAUAAACCCUUGUCGUAACCAAGGAUUGUGUGUACCUGAUGAUCUCCUGGGCUACCGAUGUUUGUGUCCCCUUGGGAAAAUUGGACCAAACUGUAAAAGAGAUGCUGUUAUCCAGGUACCAUCUUUCACUGGAAUGUCAUACAUGUCUGUGACAGAGAUUAAGAAGGCCAAUGAUGACCUUACUAUUGAAUUGAUUUUCCGUUCCCUAAACACGGAUGGCCUACUACUGUUUAGCAGUCAAUUUGUCAAUGGUACCGGUGACUUCAUCUCCAUCACUCUCAUCGAUCAAUAUGUGGAGUUCAGGUUUGACCUUGGCAGUGGCAUUGCUAUUAUUAGAAGUAUGGAGAAAGUGCCUUUGAACCAGGAAUGUCAUGUAAUUGCUAGUCGUUUUGACCGUAAGGGGAUGUUGAUUGUGAAUUCCUUGACAGGGAUUUCCCAGAUGAGUCCUGCCUCUCUUGUCUCCCUUGAUCUGAAAGGACCUCUUUACAUUGGCUAUCUCCCCAAACAUGCAGAGCUAGGUUUAGAGCGAGCUGGUGUGUAUGUAGGAUUUGUUGGCUGUGUCAUGUCCCUCCAGGCAAGCACAUCUCAGAUGGCUAAACUGUAUGACCUGACCUAUCCACAGAUGCACCCGGAUAUAUAUGAGGCUAGGGAUAUAGGUGAGUGUGGUCAGAACCCUUGCUCCAGCCUCCCUUGUCUUCAUGGAGGGACCUGCCUAAUGUCGGAUGCAGAAAUCUUCACCUGUCUGUGUGAGGAUGGUUAUACCGGCAACAACUGUGAAAUCAUCUUGAAUCCCUGCGUGAGUGCAGUGUGUCAGCAUGGUGCCACUUGUCGCCAGACACUUGGAGGCUAUGAGUGUGUUUGUCCCGAUAACCGUGAAGGUGAAUUCUGUGAAUACGAAAAAUUACAUAAGAUAUUUGUGCCAGAAUUUAACGGUAGUUCCUACAUCCAGUGCCCUCUGGGAGAUGUAAGCAGUACAGCACUCUCACUCAAAGUGUGGUUCAUGACACACAAACCUAAUGGAGUACUGAUGUAUGCUAGUCAGUUUUCUCAUGGACUGGGAGACUUUGUAUCUGUCAACAUUGUAGAGAGACACAUUGAGUUCCGAUUUAAUAUGGGUAGUGGUACAGUUGUAAUCAGGAGUGAUGAGAAGAUAGAACUCAAUAAGUGGCAUGAAGUCUAUGUCCAGAAAGUAGAUAGAGCUGGGACACUUGUGAUUGACAGCAGUGAGGAACGGUUAACGAAGGUGGAAUCCCAGGGUGUUCUGACAGAGCUUAAUCUUCAGGAAAGAAAUUUGUUCCUUGGAGGCUUCCAGAGCAACAGUACCAUUCCUGCUGACUCAAAUAUUCUGUAUAACUUUACAGGAGUUAUACAAAGGAUUUAUAUAAAUGGCCGCCUGAUAGACAGCAUUAUGGAAGUAGCGCGAGAUGCUGUAAACAUCAAGGAGUAUAUGGGUAACCCUUGUAACGUCAACCCCUGUCUUAAUGGAGGUGUCUGUGUACCAAAACUCAAUGCUGCUGACUGCAAGUGCCCAAUGAAAUACCUUGGUCAGCGAUGUGAGAAACGUUCAGAUGCUAUAAACAAAGACCUUCCCGUGAAGUUUGAUGGCCACACAUAUCUCCGAUAUCCAAAUGAAAUAUCUCAUGAGGUUCCAGGUCAGCGUACAAACAAAUACACAAUUAAGUUCCGUGUGGUGCAAGGUGGUCUUCUAUUGUUCCAACAAGGGGCACUUACUGUACUGGACGACUACUUUGCUAUUGCUGUUGUGGAUGGAAGAGUUCACCUUAGCUACAAUCUUGGUGGUCAGAAUGAAAAUGACCUUCACAUCAUUAGGUCAACAGUGCAAGUAGACAAUGGAGAGUGGCACACCCUUGUAGCCAAUAGAGAUGAGAGACAGGCCACACUACAAGUAGAUGAGGAGCGACCGGUAAAGGGGGUGUCAUCUGAAGGGUCCUCCCAACUUGACACUGAUGGCAACUUGUGGAUAGGUGGAAAGAGCAACCUUCCCAUUGGAUUGCCUGAUCAGUACUAUGACGGAUUUAGGGGUUGUAUCGAGGAAGUUUAUAUAAAUGACCGUAAACUUCAGAUGAUUGACCACAGGAGUGACCAAAGAUCACCUAUAGUCAGGUUCUGUAUAUGAUAGUGAACAUUGGACGGUUGAUAGAAGUGGACUUCUGGACAAGUGUAGUUGAUGACAGGAAUGUCCGAUGCUGAAAUACCAAAGUUUUACCAUGAUCAUUGUAGUGUACAGUGUACAUAAAGAUUACACAGAUCCUGUCUUAAGAGACCUGCCCCGUAUCAGACUCCUGCAGAUUGGUACCCUAUAUAUGUUGACAGGUCGUGUGACUGAAAUGCCUGUCUCAAUGAAACUCAUACAAUGUCUCUGUGGACAGGUCGUGUGACUGAAAUGCCUGUCUCAAUGAAACUCAUACAAUGUCUCUGUGGACAGGUCGUGUGACUCAUGCCUGUUUCAAUGAAACUCAUAUAAUAUCUCUGUGGACAGGUUGUGUGACUCAUGCCUGUCUCAAUGAAACUCAUACAAUGUCUCUGUGGACAGGUCGUGUGACUCAUGCCUGUCUCAAUGAAACUCAUACAAUGUCUCUGUGGACAAGUCAUGUGACUCAUACAAUGUCUCUGUGGACAGGUCAAGUGACUCAUACAAUGUCUAUGUGGACAGGUCGUAAGAAUGUGUUUGUGCCUAGCUGUCUGGAUGUGUUUCAUUCAAUAUAAAGUUUGCAUCCAUCCAUAAUGUAUUUUCCAUUGCACUUAUAAGAGCACUCCACCUGAAACUGUGUGAGCCAUAUUCAUUUUUAUACUCAUCAAAACUGCUAUUCUUUCAAAAAUGUGUUUUCUCUGGCAUGACAUUUUUGUAAACAUCGGCAACUAGCCUCAUCAGUUAUCUAGAGACUUAUGUGAUUGUUUUGACUGCCAUCCUCAGCUAUCUAGACUAAUCUGAUUGUCUCAGCAACUAGCCUUAGUCAUCUAGAUACUUAUGUGGUUGUCUUGACAACUAGUCUCAUUUUUCUAAAGACUUUUCUGGGUUUAUCUCGCAACUAGUCUCACUUUUUAGAGACUUUUCUGAUCAGCAAUAUUUAUUAUAGUAAUACAUUGUCCAGAAUAACUGUCUGGAUUGUUGAUGUUAUGUACUGGUUGCCAAGUUGAUAUAUGUGUUGCAUGGAGAUGCUUUAUAGAGAAGCACACUAAUAAAAUGGAAAAUGUAAGGAUGACAGGACUGUACCUGGAGCCCAAUACCUUGUGGGUACAAGGACAAUAUGAUGGAGGAUAUGCAAAUCCUAAAACUGCUAAUGUUGAACACUUAAUUGGUAGCAUAUGUUAGUGUAUGGGAGUAGUUCCAGUAUUAAUGGUUGGCUGUACAUAGGUGGUAUAAACACUAUAGGUGUACUGAGCAUUAAAUGUUAGUGAUCAUUCAUUAUACGUUGGAUACUUUCUUGUUUUCAGUACUUCUAGUCAAUUAUGUCUUUAGAUUACAUAAAUGAUGUUUAUCAAAAAACUGAAGAUAAAUAUCACUUACUUCAAUUGGAUUCACAAACUGAAUCAAUGCAUAUUGUAAUAAAUUGGGUAACAACACAGUAAUAAAA